AGUACGCAACGAACUUUGCACGCAGACGGUUGACUUUUUGUCCGCUUUAUUUUCCCAAUCAACUUUUGGCUCUUAGCGCGUGAAUAUUAAAAAGAAAGAAAAAACGGGACUCCAAAAAUAAAAGCACGCGCGCGUCUUUCACAUGUGUGCAAGUGCGCGAGUGUGCGUGUGUGUGCGUAUGUGUGUGCGUGAGUGUGUGCAUUUAUUUUUAAGCAGCGGCUAAUGUAAAAGGUAUAAGCGAAAGGAAAUAAUCCAAAUCAAAAUCCAAAUCGAAAUCGGAAUCUAUAAAUAAAACAGGCCGGCUGCAGUUGACAAAGAUUUAAUACGAAUAACGGAUUAACGAAAGCAAGAUGAAAGCGAAACUCACAAAUCAAAAACGACAACAACAAAUACCGCUGCUGGCAGCGACGCUUGCUGCAUUGCUGCUAACGGUAAAUGUAGUCGCAGCCGCAGCUGAUAGCAAUUAUGGCGCCUCAUUCAUAUCAAAUCCAGCUAUAUAUGCAUAUACCGUUGCCAACCAGCAGCAACAACAACAAGCUGAAAACUAUAUCAAUUUUGAUACUGCUGCAAAUGUGAAUGGUAAUUUGAACGUGCCCAGUGUGAAUGGCAAUUAUCGCAAUUUUUAUUACACGGCCACGAAAAUAGAUCAAGCCACGCCCACCGCGAAUACCUCGCCUGCAGCAGCAGCAGCAGCAGCUGUUGCAUCGGCUCCAGUGGCUGCCACACAGCCAGCACCGUUAACCGGCUGCACUUUGGACCGCUUGGCCGUGUACAAGGUCAUCCUACACACCUAUUGGACGAGGGAACUGUUUCCUAAGCAUUAUCCCGACUGGCGACCAACAGCCCAAUGGACCAAGACUUUAGGUCGCACACACAAUGCGAACUAUGCACUCUAUCACAUUGGACAGCCGGCAACGGCUGGCGUCAAACAGUUUGCCGAAACGGGUAAAACAGAUCUGCUGGACAGCAAUGCCGGUGAACAGCAGCAACAGCAAAUGCAGGCACAAAAAUCAAAUAUGGUAACUGGAUCAGGAGUUGGAGUUGGAGCUGGACUGGCAGCAGGUGCAGCAACUGCCACAAUGAGUGAACGCAGCGUAUUUGAUGAGUUUAGUCUGCCGGCAAUACAGCUGGGCGAGGGGAGGAGCGAGGCAAAAGUGUUUGUCGACAGCAAUCACAGUUUGGUAUCGCUAAUGACGCGCAUUGUGCCAUCGCCGGAUUGGUUCGUAGGCGUCGAUUCGUUCGAGCUGUGCGUGGGUGGAUCAUGGAUUGAUACGGUGACCGUUGAAUUGGACCCAUUGGAUGCUGGCACCGACAAUGGCUUCACCUUUACCGCACCCAAUUGGCCAACAGCGCCGCAGGGUGUCAUCUAUCGCAUCACCUCGAGAUAUCCGGCACAUCCUGCCGGCAGUUUCUAUUAUCCAAAGAGCAAGCGUUUGCCGCCCAUUGCCACAUUUCAGUUUAUCAAGCUGAAGGAGUACGAGCUGAGCGAGGUAUUCAACAUUGCCGAGGAUGAUCGCAAAUAUGAAACGGUGCAGACACAAACCCACCUGGAUGCCGAGCACAAUCACGUCGAGAUGAACAACGAGCUAUCCGCGAGCAUUGAGAGGGAGCGGCAACGGGAGAGGGAGCGACAGGAGCAGCAGACACCGCAACAGAUGCAGCUGCAACAGUUUAAUGAUGAGAGGCAACGCAUUCGCUCCCAGCUGCUGGCCAAAAUGAAUCCCAACUACAACAACAGUCAACAGCCGGGCGCUGUGAAUGUGGUGCCCAAGAACGACAAGCAUGCCCUGAUGCAGAGCAUUGCCAACAGCUAUAGGCGCAACGAUGCUGCUGCUACUGCUGCUGCCAAUAAUGUUAACAACAACAACAACAGCCACUCGUUAAAGGCCACAUCCGCCUCAGAGUACUCUUCAUUAUCCGCAUCUUCAUCUGCAUCUGCAUCCGCAUCGUCAGCGUCAACGCGACGUCGCAGUCCAUUGGGAUCGAAGCGGCGUCGCGACUGUCGCGUCAGCCACUGGUCCGAGUGGACGGCCUGCAGCAAGAGCUGUGGCAUUGGUGAGAUGCAUCGAUAUCGCAAAGUCAUCAAGCAUGGCAAACGUGGAGGACGACCCUGUCCGGCGCUCCAGCAAUCGAAGUGGUGCGGCACCGAGCGCAACUGUCACGGGCCGCAGACCUAUUUUAAUUGGUCCGAUUCCGACACAUGAACUACGCGCCAUGCAACUGCACAGGCCAUAUAAAUACAAUUUUAAUUUAAGUCAUAAGAAAAUGCUUCUUGUGUCGAGAGAGAGAGACAGAAAGAGAAGGAAAACAAAUCAGCAACAACAACAUAGAGAAAGAGUAAAAGAAAAACACACCCAGCCGGACAGACCAGACCAGGCAGGCCGAGUGCAACCCCCUCCCAGAGAACACCUGCUGAACGAUUUUAAUUUAAAUUUAGUUUACGAUACGAAAUUGAAAAUUCAUUGAAAAAAUAAAAAUUAAAAAAAUUCAUGCACGCAAAUGCAGAUUUUCGACAAAUAUAUAAAAAAUAAAAAUAAAAACAAAAAAAGAAAAUUGCAUAUGAAACCGAAGACUACUGACAAUAUUUAAAACAAAAUGGAUUUAAUGAAAAACAUAGACACACACACACCCAUACUAACACACAAACACACACACACAUACAUUUGGCUAAAGAAUUCUAUGCAUAUAAUUUAAGUUCUUCAAUUCUGUUGCUUAAGCCACAUUUUUUUGUAUAAAUCAAGCAGAACUUUCAUAAUAUGUGUCAUAUAUUAA